ACCAUUCUCUUUGACCUCAUGAUGACUAUUGUCGUUGAGACAAAAGUAAGGUUGGCCAUUUUCUUGAAAGGAAAAGAAAAUCGCUUGAAGGAAAGAAAAAUAUGUUAUUGUCAUUGUUACAAUUAUAUCUUACAAGAUAUUACCUGAAUUGUAUGGAAGACGUCAACCAAACAUCUUCAAAAGGGUUCAUCCUCCUCGGACUAUCUGAUGUCCCGUACCUACAGGUGAUCUAUUUCCUUAUGUUCCUUCAGAUGUACAUGAUGACAUUGUUUGGAAAUCUUCUACUGAUCAUUGUGGUGAGGAUCAAUCGAAAGCUACAGACCCCCAUGUACUUCUUCUUGAGUAACCUCUCCAUUAUCGACAUCUUUUUCACAUCUUCUUUUGUUCCCAAAAUUCUUAUAAACACUUUGGCCAUUGAUAAAAGUAUCUCCUUUUUGGGAUGUGCUUUGCAAAUGUACUUCGGUAUAGCUUUAGCAGCAACAGAGUGUGUUAUAAUUGCCAUCAUGGCUUAUGACAGGUUUGCUGCCAUUUGUAGACCAUUGCACUACAUGACCAUCAUGAACAAGACACUUUGUAUCAGUUUAGCAACAGGAUCAUGGGGUAUUUGCUUACUAAACUCUGCCAUUCAUGUUGUCCUCACCUUUAAACUCUCCUACUGCAAGUCCCACCAUAUCAACCACUUCUUCUGUGAGAUACCACCUUUACUUCAAUUAUCCUGUGGAGACACCUUACCUAAUGAGAUAGCCAUAUACAUCUCCGCAUUAAUUCUUGGCAUGUCUUCUUUCUGGUUGACUCUUAUCUCGUACGUUCAAAUAAUUUCCACCAUCUUGAAGAUCCGUUCCUCACAAGGAAGACAUAAAGCUUUCUCCACAUGUGGUUCCCACCUAACUGUGGUGGGUCUCUACUAUGGGCCAAUGCUUUUUAUGUAUAUGAGACCCCGCUCCACAUACUCUCCUGAAAUGCACAAAACUCUGUCCAUUCUCUAUACUGUAGUGACACCAAUGCUUAACCCCUUGGUCUACAGUGUGAGGAACAAGGAUGUCAAACUCACAGUUACAAGAAAACACACAUGA